AUGGCCUUCUUAAACCAUACUAAUAACUUGUGCUUUGUCACCCUUCCUUCCCCCUCUUCCUCUGCUGAGCUAGACAAAUUGCAGUCCAAGUUGGACGCUUUGGAGAAAGUGAAGAAGCUUUGUGAAUUUUUGACUAAUCUUAAUAAUCAACAAAAUGAGCCUAAAAAGCUCUUAGAUAACCUCUGCACUGGCCUUCAGACUUUCCUCGGCUUCAACUCUGAGUCAAAAGGCUACAACGGCUCUGGUAUUGUCUACUCUGACUUGGACAGGCUGUGUGAUGCAGUGAUGGGAUUUUUGAGUGGUGUGCUUGGCGCGGUGAAAGAUGAUGAAGCAGUUAAAACGUACGAUAAUUACAUGACUAAAAAGCUUAAAGAUGUACUAGACACAUUAACUUCUUCAAUUGGCACCGGGCGUAAUGGGCUUGCGGCGUCUGUCCGCGCGGUGAAGGAGUGGUUGGAGGGGUAUGAUACUCAAAUUACUAAUAAAACAAAUGCAGUAACAAACGCUUUAACAACGUUAAGCAACAACCUAAAUGACGGUUAUGCUAAUAUUGUUGAAUCAAAAAAAGUCGAUAGCCUUGAAAAACAGUUAGAGUCAUGGAACUCCACGGUGUCAGACGUCGCUCGUGAAAUUGAGGUGAUUGAAGAAGAAAAAAUCAGUGAGUUGGAUAACGCGUUGAAAAAUGCAGUUAUGAAUAAAAUUGAACCGAUUAAAAAGUCCGUUGCAAUGCUGGCAAAUUCCGCCAAGCAAGAUGAAUUUGUGCAGCAGGCGUCGAAGGUGGAGAGUGAGUUGGUGAAGCAGAGAGACAUAAUUACAGACACAGUUGAAGACAUGGUACAAAAUAUUCGAGAGAGUGUACAGUCGUUGGAGACAUGUAAAGAUCAACAAAUUUGGCUUGUGAAAAAGACUAUAGAGAGGGCUGACGCUUUUUUAGAUAGAUCAUUAUACACGGAGUAUAUAUACAAAAUUUUGGCGUCUUUCAAUCAGAUAGAGUGUGAAGUUAAGAAUGUAUAUAAAAGCUUGAAUGCUAAUAAAGGGGUGCUUGAAAAUCUGGUUAAUAAAGCUAGAGAGCACUUUCGGUCGAUUAGAAGUGGAAUUCAGCAUGGUGCUGGCAGUGAAGGUAAUAUAGAGCAUCAAUGGGAUGGCUUUAAAGUCCACCUUGCAAAAUUUGUCAACGGUCUGUAUAAGCAAGAACUUGAGAUCGAUCAAGACGAUAUUGAUGUUACGAAUGGCCUCAUCAAUGAAAUUGAGAGUGGAGUCAUGAAUUAUGGUGGCAACUUUGCGAAAAGGUUUGAUGUGGCUAUAGGAAAUGUAGUUCGUAGCAUCGUAAGCGAAAAGGAAGGUGCUGUGGAAAAGUACAUUGAACAGUACGUACGGCGAAACAACAAAUAUUUCAAAGCCGAUGUGAAGGCCAAACUUGAAGGCACGGGAAAUACACAGAUCGCAGCGUUCGUGGCGAGCCAUCUUAGUCCCAUAAUUGAGAAGCAACUUCAAUUGCACAUUUCGCAAAAGAUCAAGCAGUUUGAAAUAGUCACUGACGACAGCGUCGACACCGUUGUAGGAAAUAUCCAGACAUAUCUUACCACAUACGCAGAGGCGGUUGAUCCAAUUAAGGUUAACACAAUUGUGGAAAUGAUCGAGGAGCACUUAGAAAUCGUUGCAUCCGCUAUGAAGACACAAGGUUAUGACAACCAAUAUAUGACCAAAAUAAUGAAAACCGUUCUCACAGCUGUCCACGCCAUAACUCUACGCGUAAAAGAGGAACUUAACUCGUUCAACACCGACAGUGAUAACAUUAAUUACAAAUUCGGCAAGAAUAUAGAUGAAUCUAUUAAAUCGUUUACACAAUUUGAUAAGUUGUUUAAGCUCACGCAGCAACAGGUGUCUGAAAAAUUUGAAGAUGUGAAAGGAAAAAUUGGCCAACUCGACACGUUUUUGAAUAAGAGUGAAGGCAAAAUUACCAGGAAGCUCGCACAUAUUGAAGGUGAUAUUAUAAGGCUUGAAAAACUUCAAAACGACAAAAAUGAUAUUCGCAACAGAGAAAGUGAUGUGGUCAUAGACAGGAAAGGAGAGGAGGCCGAUAGGCUUAUGAAAGAGUUGAAAAUAGACCUCAAGCACAAACUCAACGAAAUUACUGUAGCUGUAAGCAAUGCGGGUUACGCAUUAGACACCGCCAUUCAAUCACUCCUAACCACCCUCAACAAAUCUAAAGAUCUAUGUUUACAAUCCGUCACCUCCGCCUUCACCACCCUCACCUCCGAGGUCCGCGCCCUCUUCGCCGAAGGCCACAAAGCCGACCUGGCGGCGCUCAAGACGCUCGUCGACGGGCAGAAGGCGGAGAUUGAGAAGAUCAUUGGGGAGGAUAAAGCGAAUAAUAUUAAGGGUCUGCUGCAGAAAAUAUACGGUGGAUUAUUGUAUGAUCGUGCGGGUCAAAACACAAAUAACACUCUUGAAGAUAUGAUGGAAACCUCCAAGGAGUCGGCUGCCCAAAGUCGUGAGCAGUCCAAAUUCCUAUCACAUCUGUCAACACAAUUCAAAUCGUACUCUGAUGCCGUGCUAGAUUACAUUAGAUCGCAGGUGAAGUCCUCUGAUUCCGCAAGUGAUCAGUCCAACCAAGUCGGUGGGCUCAAGAACGCAUUGGACGCCCUGCUUGUUCACCUUAACGAUACCGACACUCCUUAUACAAUUAAUCCGCUGAACAAACGUAUUCACCUAUUUGAUCAUAAAUAUGACGAAUUGUUAGCAAUACUUCGAACAUCUUUGGACACCUUCACCUCCCCCUCCCCCCUCCUCGCCCCCCUCAAGGCCGGCCUCUCCAACUUCGCGCAGCAACUCGGCCUCGCGUACGUGAACAGGUAUAGUGGUCAAACAUUCAAACAGUUAACUAAGCCUGUUGAACCUUCAAAAACAGCCGCUGCACCCGAAAAACCUUCCAUCCCUGAUUACGAUUUAACCCCUGAGGGCCGGAACUGCGCCAAGGUCUGCCUGACGAUGGUGGAGAUACUGGUUAACGAUUUCUAUGAGCUAAUGAAAGAGUGCCAAAAAUCGUGGAAAAACAAACAAAUUAAUACGUAUGAAAACAACUUAUUUGGCAAAUGGUUAGAGGAACAAGGCUACGAAGUGAAUUACAAGAAAGGCAAGCAGACCGGUGUAUUGCACGACACGAUUGGAAUGAAGGGAUUGAAAAUUUAUGAUGAGCUUCUCAACAUGAACAUUGGAUCUUCUAAAAGAAUAAAUUUACAGGCUCCGUGGGUGAUGGAAAUUCGUAAGCAAAAAGAAGCCGACAAUAAAAAUCCUCAUCAGAUAAACGUCGUCGACAUUCUUCAAUUCCUUUACGGACUAACCAAAACUUAUUACGAUGUAUGCCACCUGCGCCAUAUUGAGAGACCGAAAUCGCCGUCAUCAGUCUACCAAAUGCUGGUAUGGCUGACUGGACUUCCUCACAAUCGGAUGAACUCUACCGUAUCAGUUGGCGACAUCAGCGAACUGUUCCCCAAAUCGGAUGAUGAGGCAAACGGCGUAGGAGAUGGCACAAUCCCGGUGGUAGAUGAUGACGAAUCGUUACCGGCGUAUCCAGCUCCUGUUACCGCUGCGAAUCUACGAGAGGCACUUCGAAAUGUCUGCACCUAUGCGGAAACUGUACUUAUUUCCAUCCUUGGUCAUGGCCACGCGAACGGCGUUUACGCCGUUGACUUCAACACAAACCCCGACGGUUUCUCAUAUCCUACCGCGCCUGGAGCGUGCUUCGAUAUGCUUGUGGACAUAUCGAAGAGACUAUAUGACCAACUGUAUUUCUUAUUUAUUCAAUGCUCACGUACCUAUGAAACUAACAGUUGGCGAGACUGCUGGUACGGUCGGCACGUCGGUGGCUCAGACUGGAGGUGCAAUGAGAAGCAAUGCAUCAACCAAAUGGGCAACCAAAGUGCUGACCAAAAGGCCAACCAAUGCUGUGGCCAAACGUGUGAGCAACACCCUAAGUGCGGCCUUAAAUCUCCGUUACAGUCUUUCUUGGAAGACGGUUUGCCAGGAUUUUUGCCGCACCAGUUCAAGAACCCGGGUUGCAAGCUGGACUGCAGUACGGCCAAUCACCGUGGGUUGCCGUGCAAAACGCCCAUGGGUUUUUCAGAUAUAAGUAAUAUUGCAUCGCAUACUAAGCAAGGAGAAUACAUUAUGAACACCCUCUAUAGAUUCUGUGGCCAACCGGAUAGUCCACUUAAUCAGUUGUCUACAUAUUUGGCGUGCCUAUUAAGUGCUCCUCCAGCAACAUUAGGUGACAUGUUCGCUUUUUUCUACAAUUACCUAGACGGGUGGCACAAUCAACAGCUUAAAGAACGUGUGUCACACAGGGAGGAUGCCUUUGAUGGCGCAAUCACCAAGGCGUAUUUCGGAGUUAAAUACGAUGAUUUUGACCUAUCGUUGCUUUUUAAUGCUAAGCAUUCCGAUCACAACAAACAUCGUGACUUAAUAAGUCUCGUUUGCGGGGGUGACAACAAAUCAGUAACUAACUGCGGCCGCUAUCUGCAACCUAUCAACGCUAAUACAUGGACAGUGUUUUCUAAGGAGAACGCCGACAAGUAUCUGUCGUGGAUUAUCUACCUCACUGAGUCCUUCUAUAAGUUGCUUGAGCAGUUAUACAAGGAAUGUUGCGCAAACUGUACAUCUGCUGGAUCACGUUGCCACGGUAAAACCUGCGUCGCGGAUUGCAAAGUCAAAUCCCACUACGCAUCUCUGGCAUCUGCUGCCAAAAGCAAAACUCCUGCCCCCGCACCUACCGAACACCAACACAAUGAAUUAUGCAAACCUAUCUCUCACUGCCCGUUCACACGUCCUACCUUGUGUAAGUACGGUUUUGUUUUUAAAAGCCUAUCCAAUAUGAGCGGCGAGAAUGGAGAACUAACGAUGCGUACCUGCAAAGACCUAUGUAACGCAUUGCAGAAAGUUCUGAGUAAUAAAAUCAGUGACGGUGCACCACUCGCCAAAUUGGUACAUGAAGUAAUCCCCAAAUUCAUAUGGGCCAUUAGGCAAAAAUUCUUCUGGACCACCGUCGCCCUCUGGCUCCUGUCCCUCCUCUACCUCCUCCACAUCAUGGUCAUCCGCCUCGACCUGCUCCACAUCAAAUCUCACUUACACUCACCAUCGUCACAUCGCAUCGCCGCUCAAUCACUACUCGCCGCCGCACGUGUUAACAAGCUUAACAGGGUGUUUUACCUGCAACCGUAA